GUCAAAAUCUCAAACAUACUAUUUGUAUUUGGUCUUCAUUUUCUAGUCACAACUUCCCUUUUUAUUGCCGAGUCAUUUGCUCAAUUACGAGCCUUACCAGUUCCUACACCCCUUCUAUCGCUCUAUCUGUUUCCUCUUCUUAUAUGGCCAAUCCCACUCCACUCCAUCACAUCCCUUUCUCUUCACCCCACCACCGCUACCACCUCCGCCACCUUGAACCACCCACUUUGUCUCUAUCGUCCAUGGAGCAAUUCCCCGUGAACCUAUUGGCCUCUGAUGAGAAAAGAAAGGUCUUAAAUGAAAUGGAUUUCUUUGCCGAAAAGAAAGAUGAUGAUGAGUUGAAAAUAGGCACCAGCGACGAAGGCGAUGCCAAAGGAAAAGAAUUGGAUUUCAAUGUAAAUACUGGUUUGCAUCUUCUCACUGCCAACACUAGUAGUGAUCAGUCCGUAGUAGACGAUGGGAUUUCUCCGAAUUCAGAAGAUAAAAGAUCGAAAACUGAGAUGGUCGUCCUUCGAGCCGAAAUGGAAAGGAUGAACUCGGAAAAUCGUUGUUUAAAGGACACGCUAAAUCAAGUGAGGAACAACUAUAACACUCUUCAGAUGCAUCUGUUGACACUGAUGCAACAACAAGAAAGAGAUCAUCAGAGAGCUCAUGAUGAUAAUGGUAUAACAGAAGAACAUGGUCAAAAACUAGUGGAUGAUAAUAAUAAGCAACGGAAAAAUGAUAAGGGAUUAGUGUUGCCUAGACAAUUUAUGGAUCUUGGACUAGCAGCCGAGACGGACGAGGCCUCUUUAUCGUCAUCUGAGGGGAGGAGCUGCCAGAACCGAUCACGAUCACCUGUUAAUAAUAUCGAUGGUAUGUUAAAAGAAAUUGGGAGAGAGGAGAUUUCCGAUAAGGGGUCUCAAGGUUGGGGUCCUAACAAGGUUCCUAGACUCAACCACUCUCCGAAAAGCGUUGACGAAGCUGCUGAGGCUACUAUGAGGAAGGCCCGAGUCUCGGUUAGGGCCCGAUCAGAGGCUCCAAUGAUCACAGAUGGAUGCCAAUGGCGCAAGUACGGGCAGAAAAUGGCAAAGGGAAACCCAUGUCCUCGAGCAUAUUAUCGGUGCACCAUGGCUGCUGGUUGUCCGGUUCGAAAACAAGUGCAAAGAUGUGCAGAGGACAGAACCAUCCUAAUAACAACGUAUGAAGGCAAUCACAACCACCCAUUGCCACCAGCAGCCAUGGCAAUGGCAUCAACUACAUCUUCAGCUGCAAGAAUGCUACUCUCAGGUUCAAUGCCAAGUGCCGAUGGGCUAAUCAACUCAAAUUUCCUCGCCCGUACCCUCUUCCCUUGCUCCUCCAGCAUGGCCACCAUAUCUGCCUCCGCGCCUUUUCCUACUGUUACAUUGGAUUUGACACAAACACCAAAUCUCUCACAAUUCCCAAGAUCUCAAAAUCAAUUCCAAAUUCCAUUUCCUAAUGCAGGCCAAAGUUUUCCGAACAAUCCAGCUGCACUUCUACCUCAAAUCUUCGGCCAGGCAUUGUACAACCAGUCCAAGUUUUCAGGUCUCCAAACAUCACAAGACAUGGAAGGCGGCCACCAGGCCACGCCAUCUCUCCCUGCUGCGAUGCAACAAGGACAGCAAAACCAACUUGCUGGUACAAUGAAUGCACUUGCAGCAGAUCCAAAUUUCACUGCUGCAUUGGCAGCUGCCAUCACAUCUCUUAUCGGGAAUUCACAUCCAAACAACGCCAAUAACACACACACCAACGUCGUGGCUACCACUACCAGCAACAACGGUGGUAGCGUUUCGACUAGCAACAAUAAUAGCAAUGGAAACAAUAAAGUCAGCAGCUCGAGCUUUCCAGUGAAUUGAAUAUCAAUAAGCACUAUAUUCCACCUUUUUUCUUGAAUUAUUUUUGGAUAUUUUAAAUUAUUAUUCUCAUUUUACUCCAGUAGACUAUUACAACAUGAAAUUAUACAUGGAGUGAGUAAUGUUUUGGGUUUUUAAUAAUGUAAUUCAAAUUGUCAAUCAAUGUAUAAAAAUGUUGGGAAAAAAAAAUAGUGUUGCAUCU